GGCUCUCCAGUAGCCCCCGGAACGCCGCGUGGGAGACGGAGAAGUUGGGGGAGGCGGGCGUAAACAAGUGAGGGGGAAACCUGCCAGCAGCCGCGCCCCCUGGCACCCCGGGCCGCGAGCGCCACCAUGGGUAGGCGACCAUGAUCGUCCUCCCCGGGCUGCGCCGCCGCCUCUCAGGUGUCUGGUGAGCCUCCCCUGACUCUUCAAGGGAUUCGCCUUUACACAGCGGAUACACCCAACUCCAGCCUGGAAUUGAGGGUCCACAGGACGGAAAAAGAUGCGUGCGUCCAUGCCAGAGCCCAAGGUUGGAGACCUGAUUGAGAUCUUCCGCCCUUUCUACAGACACUGGGCCAUCUACGUUGGCGAUGGAUAUGUGGUCCACCUGGCCCCGCCAAGCGAAGUUGCGGGAGCUGGCGCGGCCAGCAUCAUGUCCACCCUGACCGAGAAGGCCGUAGUGAAGAAGGAACUGCUGUGUGAUGUGGUUGGGAGAGACAAGUACCAGGUCAAUAACAAACAUGAUGAUAAGUACUCCCCACUGCCUCCCAGCAAAAUCGUCCAGCGGGCAGAGGAGCUGGUGGGGCGGGAGCUGCCCUAUUCGCUGCCCUGUGAGAACUGCGAACAUUUCGUGAAUGAGCUGCGCUACGGAGUCCGCCGCAGUGACCAGGUCAGAGAUGUCGUUGCGGCGGCCGGCAUCGCAGGCGUGGGCUUGGCAGCCAUGGGCCUCAUUGGAGUCAUGUUCUCAAGAAACAAGAGGCAAAAGCAAUAAGUUGAAGGGCCUGACCCAUCGGCGGGGACGUCAUCCACUGAGCGGGUCUGGUUGUGCCAGAGGUUUUGAAGUUGGGUUUGUGGGUUUCGUUCUGUUUUAGAGUGAGGCUUAUUUUUACAGAAUAAAAUAAAGCCCAGCAAGGGAGCACUUUACUGGAGAAAACGCA